AUGACAAUGGCUGUAUCAGCUGUCGGCGAGUGGGCGGCAGCCGUCUCGCAGCGGAAGCUCCUGAUCGGAGACGUCCUCUGGGAGUCAGCGGAUGGACCGACGUACAUCACACCAUGCUGGAAAGCAGAGGUGCAACCUCAAAUUAAAGCCUCCCUCUGGGAGACUGGAGCUGCAGUGGUUGGCCUGUCGGGUGCCCGUCACGAUCGGCAUGGAGACGUGCAGACUGUUAGUCGCCGAGCUUCUCGUUUUAUUUCUACAGCCAACACCGUCUACAACAAUGAUGGCAGUGUCACCAUCGACUUUCGUCACGCAAUAAUCGACGAAGUGCGAAACGGUAUCAAGGCAGAUGUCGCCUCAACGGGUCGUUUAGAUAACCAAUGGCUUGAUCAUGUGACGAUAUAA